GUCGAGGCGGAGAAGCGCGCCAAGGGCAAGAAGGGCAAGAAGAAGAAGAAUAAGGGCGGCGGGGCGGGCGGGGCGGGGCCGUCGGAGGAGACGGAGGCGCCAAAGGCAGCCGCAGCCAAGCCCGCGCCGUUGGACAAGGAGGGGCUGCUCCGGCUUCUCGCGGAGCUCCACGAGGACAGGAUCCGGUUCGGCAUCACGCCAGAGACGUCGGUCGAGGGAUUGGCGGAGGCGCUGGGAGAGGCGGCGGGCGAGGCGAGCGAGGAGGAGGGCGACGAGGAGACGGCGGAGGCGGCCGAGGAGGAGGCCGACGAGGCGGGCGAGGCGAGGGAGGUGGCCGCGGAGGCGCGACGGAAGGCGGAGGCCGAGGCGGCCGUGACAGCGGCAGCGGCGGCGGAGGAGGAGGAGGCCGCGGCGGUGGAGGAGGAGGAGGCACUGGCGGCAGCGGAGGCGGUGGCGGAGGCGGCCGUUGCCGCCGCCAAGGCGAAGCGCGCGGCCCGCACAGCCGCCGCCAGGGCCAGGGCAGAGGCGGCCAUGGCGGCAGCAGAGGCGGCAGCAGAGCUCUCGUAG